CGCGCCGCGGCUGCGCAGUGCGGGGGAGGCUUUUAAUUCCAUUGUGGAGAGGAGACGGCGUUGGUAUUAUUAACGGGAGGCGGCGGCCGGAGGGACCGUAAGGGAGGAGGAAGAGGAGGAGGAGAAGAAGAAGAAGGAGGCCAAGGCAACUAGCAGCAGCAGCAGCAGCAGCACCGGGAGGAGGGGGAGGUGCCGGGCCCCGCCACCGCCCUCGUGCCAUGCGCGCCCGGUCCUGCGGCGGCGGCGGCGGCGGCGGCGGCGGCCUCGGCCUCGGCGGCGGCCUCCCCCCCAGCUAAGCUGCGGCCGCCUCGUCGGCCUCCGGUCCUUCCCCUCCCUCCCUCCCGGGCAUGAAAAUCGGCAGCACCUUCCUGGGAGGAGGAGGAGGAGGAGGCGGCGGCCGGAGGGCGGCCGACAUGGAGCCCACCUUCCCCCCGGGCAUGGUCAUGUUCAACCACCGGCUCCCCCCGGUCACCAGCUUCGCCCGGCCGGCGGGCUCGGCCGCCGCCCCUCCCCCGCAGUGCGUGCUGUCCUCCUCUUCCUCCUCCUCCUCCUCCUCCUCCUCUAGCAACUCCUCGUCGAGCUCGGCCUCCGAGCCCGCCCCGCCUCCGGACAUGACUUUCAAGAAGGAGCCCGUGGCGGGCGCGGCCUUUCCCCCGCAGAGGACGCCCUGGGGGUUCCUGCAGUCCCUGGUGAGCAUCAAGCAGGAGAAACCUUCGGAGCAAGAGGAGCAGCAACCGCCGCCGCAGCAGCCGCCGCCGCCUCCCCAGCAGCAGCAGCAGCAGCAGGCCCAGCAGCAUCACCACCACCACCAUCACCACCACCACCACCACCGCCACUACGGGGGUCUCUUCGCCGGGGCCGAAGAAAGGGCGUCCGGCCUGGUGGGCGGCGAGGGGACCGGCCACGGCGUCAUCCAGGACCUCAGCCUGCUCCACCAGCACGGCCACCCGCCGCCCGCCCCGCACGGCCCGCACGGCCCGCACGCCCGGGACGCGCUGCUGGGCGGCGGCGGCAGCGGCGGCCGGGCCGACGAGCGCCGCGGCCCCGAGGAGCCGAAGCCCGACGCCGGCGUCAAGAAGGCGAAGAGGCCAAAGCCAGAAUCUCAGGGAAUCAAAGCCAAGCGGAAGCCCGGCGCGUCUUCCAAGCCUUCCCCGGCGGGGGACGGGGAGGGCGCCGUCCUCUCCCCGAGCCAGAAGCCGCACGUCUGCGAGCACUGCAGCGCGGCCUUCCGCAGCUCCUACCACCUGCGUCGGCACGUCCUCAUCCAUACGGGGGAGAGGCCUUUCCAGUGCAGCCAGUGUAGCAUGGGGUUCAUUCAGAAGUACCUACUGCAGCGCCACGAGAAGAUCCACAGCCGGGAGAAGCCGUUCGGCUGCGACCAGUGCAGUAUGAAGUUCAUCCAGAAGUACCACAUGGAGAGACACAAGAGGACCCACAGCGGAGAGAAGCCAUACAGAUGCGAUACCUGUCAGCAGUAUUUUUCCAGGACCGAUCGGUUGCUGAAGCACAGGCGCACGUGCGGCGAAGCCAUAGCGAAAGGAGCGGCCGGCGCAGAACCUGGGUCAUCCAACCACGCCGGCCUGGGCAACCUGGCCGGGUCGUCUCAGGGAAACACGAGUUCCUCCAGGAGGAAGAACAAGUCCAAGGGCCCGCCCGCCGAGAGCAAGGAGCAGAAGGCCGGCAAGGCCGGCGAGGGACCGAACGCCGCCAGCGUCAGCCUGCAGAGCUACUCCGUGGAGAUGCCCGCCGUGUCUUCCGGCGGGGGCGUGGCCGGCGCCGGCCUCGACGAGCUGCAGAAGAGGGUGCCAAAGUUGGUCUUCAAGAAGGGAGGCCGAAAGAACGUCGACAAGAGCUACCUUAACUUUGCGUCCCCCUUACCGGACCUCGUCGGGCAGAAGCCCCUGGCCGGGAAGCCGAGCGGGGCCCUCGGCGCCGUGGCCGGGGCCGGCGUGGAGGCCGUCGGCCUCCUCCAGGGCACGGGGGGCAAGCAGGGUCAGAUAGGCAGCAGUUACGACGGUGCCAUGCAAUUCUCCAAGAAAAGAAGAUACCUACAGACUGCCAGCAGUAACAGUGCCUUUUCCCUCAACGUAGGACACAUGGCUUCCCAACAGUCCGUCAUCCAGUCUGCGGGCGUCAGUGUUAUGGACAGCGAGGCCCCCUUGUCGCUCAUCGAUUCCUCCUCCCUGGGCGCGGAGAUCAAGUCCUGCCACGAUAAGUCCGGCAUCCCCGACGAGGUCCUGCAGAGCCUUUUGGACCAGUACUCCAACAAGUCGGAAGGGCCGAAGGAGGAUCCCUUCAGUAUAACGGAACAGCGUGUGGAUUUACACCCCUCAGGAGAACACUCGGAGAUGGUUCAGGAGGACAACUUGAGCCCGGGCGCUCAGGCGCCUUCGAACGAUAAGGCGAGCAUGUUGCAAGAGUACUCCAAAUUCCUGCAGCAGACCUUUGAAAGAACAACCAAUAGUACCGGUUUUGCUUUUGGGCCCAGUUUCCAGUUCGUUAGCUUGUCUUCGACCCUCCACAACCACACUCUCUUUCCAGACAAACAGAUCUACACUACGUCUCCCCUGGAGUGUGGUUUCAGCCAAUCUGUUACCUCAGUGUUGCCAACUUCAUUGCCAAAGCCUCCGUUUGGAAUGUUGCUUGGAUCGCAACCAGGUUUUUAUUUAUCCGCCCUGGAGGCGACACAUCAGCAGUUGACUCCCUCCCAGGAACUGGACGAUCUGAUCGACGCCCAGAAAAACCUGGAGACCUCCUCCGGCUACCAGUCUGCGUCUCAGAAGUUGACCGGCCAGAAGGAGCCGCAGAAGGCUUUGGAGUCCUCGGCGGGCUUUCCGAUUCCGUCUCAGGAGCUGGCUGGCCAGAUCGACCCUCAGAAGGACAUCGAGCCUAGAACAACCUACCAGAUCGAGAACUUUGCACAAGCAUUCGGUUCUCAGUUUAAGUCGGGCGGCAGGGUGCCAAUGACCUUUAUCACUAACUCUAAUGGAGAGGUGGACCAUAGAGUCAGGACUUCAGUGUCAGAUUUCUCAGGGUAUACAAAUAUGAUGUCUGAUGUAAGCGAGCCAUGUAGUACGAGAGUUAAGACACCAACCAGCCAGAGUUACAGGUAAGGUCCCAGGCGUGACCAGGCUGGGGGGCUGCUCGUGUAAUUAGUUUUAUUUGGAGAACACUGCCAUUGGAAUGUGUCUACACGGUCCUCUUACGAAUAACGUAACAUGCCCUUUCAAUGCAACUUUUCAUAUUUAGUUUAUUUUGUUAGUGUGAUUUUAGGCCUGUUUGUAUUAUGAUUUUUAAUCAAAAUCAAUAGAUUGAAAAUAGGUGGACAUUCACGUGACGAUGUUUAGCAAUCAAAUUUACAUGUAUAGGUCGUCAGGGAAUAGCCCAAAAGUUUAAAAUGCAAAAAAAACAAAAAAAAACCCCACAAAAACAACCCCCCCCCCCCCCCCAACAAAAAACAGAAACGAAACAAAAACAAAAGGAAAAAAAAAACUUUGUUCCUAGGAUUAAGGUUUAUUCUAAUCGCUUUACUCUCAGGAAAGUGUAAUAGCGCAUGGGAAUUCUGUACAUCUUUACUGUAUGGGAAUUAUCCGACCUGCAGAUAGAAGGAUAACAGUUCACCAUUUCUGAGCUCUGAAACAUUUCUAAUUGCUGUCUCUAUCUGGGCUGAUCCAAAAUUCUGAGAUAUUAGCUACCUGUGUUUUGUUGCCGCUUUUUAAACCUACUCGACCUUCCGACCACGCCCCUUCCAGAUUGGUAGAACGAAUAUUCUUGGAUCUUUUUAACCCGAAGCCUGGAAUGAUAGCUUUAAUACGUGGGGGGGGCGGUGGGGGGGGAGGAGGGAAGGAAAAAAAAAGGACCCGCCCCUCAUCCCAACUCCCCAAAAAAAAAAAAAGGCAAAGAAAGAAAAGACAAGGCUGUAUCUCUUCGUGGAGAUAUUCUAGUGACUUCUCUGGGGACUUCAGAUGAGUGAAACCCAAAUGGUUAGUUCAGACCUGAAGACAGGAGUUUGUGGCUCAGGCAGAUUUUGGGGCCGUAUUAUUUAUUAUACACGGUUUAAAAUGAAUUUCUCCCUAGCCCAUCUGUCCUCCCUCCUUUUUGGUGUUUCACCACACCCCCCUCCUGCGUUUCGUGCCCUCCGAGUCUUGUUCUAAGGUUCCCGACCUCCCAUCUCCUUUCCUCUUUCUAUCUUGACAGUUUAAAUUUUUAAAUGAUUUACAUUCCAAAAGUUAUAUCGAUUCACUCUCUCUCUUUUUUACCUGUCCGAUGGCAUCAGAGACGGAACGGUAAAGAGAUAAGCACUCGUUUUAAAAAUAUUUGUUGACAGCUGUGUGCGAUAAGGUUGUAAUUCCAGCUGGUGACAUAAUCAGCCGUGGGCCGAGUCGAUCUACAUUUGAUAAUGUCAUCGGAACCUCUGUGUGUAAUUGCAGCCUUAAUGUACAUUUUAAGGGUACAAUGGUCAAUGUUGAAAGUGGAUCUUGCGAAGGCACCGAAAACUUGCCAGAAAUGCUGAUGGCCAUUCAAUGCUACUGAGAGGCAGUAGCACCGUUCUAAACCACUUUUUAGCCAAUGUAUUUUUUUCUGAUUACAACCUUUUUUAAUUGUACUUUGGUGAUGUUUAUGCCGAUGGAUUUUUUUAUGUACUUUUGGUGAUGUUUCAGUCUUAUGUACUCUUCUGACGUCAGAAAAGUACCACUGGUUGUUUGCAGUCUUAUUGUGUAAUCGGCCUAUUACAGGCUUCCAUGUAUAAUAAAGUAAUUAACAUUGUGCAAGUGUAAAACACUUCUGUUAUGAAAGCAGUGUUUGAAAAAGAAGAAAUUAUUAAAAAAUGGUUACAAAAUGCUAGUUAAUUUCUCUUCCCCACUUUUCCUCUUAGCCCUCAUCAAUUGAGCUGUCACCCGUUCGACAACCCCGGGUUUUAGAGAGUUUGUUUAACCCCCUAAUUUUUUCACUCACUACUAACAUGAGUGUUUCACUUUAUUUCAUUUGAGUGCAGUAAAAUUCUAUUUAGAUACAGAGUGCAAGCUGUAAUGAAGGGAAGGAGGGGAUCUUGACCACUGUAUCGCUUAAGCUGUAUGAUUUUUCUCCAUUUUUUUUUUUGUUUUGUUUUACAGAGGUUAUGAAUUUCUUUAUCUUUUAUUGUGUGUAUUGGAUAUUUCAUGUACUAUUCUGAUUGUUUGCUCUAGCUUAAUACCAAUAAAAGUCCUGUUAAUCACAAAA